UUAAAGAAAUGUAUAUAUAAAUAAUCCUUUCCACAAACUCCACUAAACCAAAAUCUUCUCUGCAACUCCUUUUCUCCCCUCUCUUUUCUUUUCUCUCUGGAAAUUGAGAUCAUUAUUCCUUGUAAAAUCCAAUUGAACAAGGGCCUAAUCCAUCCUUUAAUCACUUGAUUUAGUCUCUCUUUCUUCACAGAGAAAACCAGAAAAAAGAACAGGAAAAAAUAUAAGGCUUAAAAGGGAGUUUUUGAAUUUGAUUUUCUCUUUUCAUUAUCUGUUUAAUAGUGAUUAAUCAAAUAAGCAAUCUCCAAGGAAAGAUUGAAUCUUUCACAAAAUUUGUAAAGAGAAAUUCGAAUUGUCUAGUUGGGUUGUUUUAGGGUUUUCUGGGUUUUUGUUUGGGCUAUGAGGAUAAACGGGGAGAUCUCUCCCCAAGAAGAAGAGGAGAAGGGGGAAGUGAAAACGGUGUCGCUGUCAAUAGAACAGCCGCAGAGACUGGUGGUGGUUGGGUAUGCCUUGACUUCGAAGAAGAAGAAGAGUUUCUUGCAGCCUAAGCUUGAAGUUUUGGCCAGAAAUAAGGGGAUACUGUUUGUUGCAAUUGAUGUAAAUAGGCCAUUGUCAGAUCAAGGUCCUUUUGAUGUUGUUUUACAUAAGUUGUCAGGAAAAGGCUGGUGUGAAGUUAUUAAGGCUAGGUUAAGGGGCUCACCUUGUCUGUUCUAUUUUUGUUAUUUCGUCUUGAAGGAUUACCAGCAAAAACAUCCAGAAGUAACUGUUCUUGAUCCUCCUGAUGCAAUACAGCAUGUACGUAACCGCCAGUCCAUGCUUCAUGAUGUAGCUGAUCUUGACUUGUCUGACUGCCAAGGUCAUUGUUCAAGCAAGGUUUCUGUUCCAAGGCAAAUGGUUGUUGACAAAGAUCCAUCAUCCAUUCCCCAUGAAGUUACCAAAGCUGGGUUAAGGUUGCCACUAGUUGCAAAACCGCUGGUGGUGGAUGGAACUGCCAAGUCACAUGAAUUGUUUCUCGCUUAUGAUCACUUCUCUCUAUCUGAACUUGAACCUCCCUUGGUUCUGCAAGAGUUUGUUAAUCAUGGUGGUGUUCUCUUUAAGAUUUAUAUUGUUGGUGAAGCCAUAAAGGUUGUUCGGCGUUUCUCUCUACCUAAUGUCAGUAAGCAUGAGCUAGCAAAAGUUGCGGGUGUGUUCCGUUUUCCAAGAGUCUCAUCUGCCACAGCUUCUGCAGAUGAUGCAGAUUUGGAGCCUUCUGUUGGUGAACUUCCUCCACGCCCUUUGUUGGAGAGGCUUGCAAGGGAGCUUCGUUGUCGACUGGGCCUCCAAUUGUUCAACAUAGAUAUGAUUCGUCAGCACAGGACUAAAGAUGUCUUCUAUGUGAUUGACAUCAACUACUUUCCUGGUUACGGGAAAAUGCCAGACUAUGAGCACAUUUUUACUGAUUUCCUGCUGGGCUUAGUGCAGAACAAGUGUGACAAAAGAGCUGCUACUUGACUUGAAAUAUGCAUAGCCUUGUAUAUGAGUGUACCUCGCAGGUGUAGGUCUCUUGGGAACUUGAAGAAAUGUCAAUUCAAGUUAACUCCUGUAAUUACUGAAUGGCGAAAUGAACAAAUGCCAGCUGGCUUGUAUACAGAAGAACUUCCAUUUGAGACUUACCACAACUUCACAGGCUUGUAUGAGUCACUCAUCUUGAUCGUGGUUGCUGAUGGAACUAGAAAUCUAUCAUAUUUCUUUAAUUGAUGAACAAGCAGAGUUUUUUUUUUCUUGUUCUGGUCUUACUUCUUUUGUUCCUUUUCUUUUUUGCCCAUUUCUUUUAUUGAUAUAUGAUUUGGUUCGAUAUUUUUCUUUUUUAUUUAUAUAGAUUUUGACAACUUUAAUUUUAGCGGGCAUCAAAUUAGGUGCCUAACUCAAUAUUAGGCUCCAAUUAUUCUUGUGACGCAACCUGACCCAACCCGACGGCAAAAAUCUGUUGGAUUGGGUCUGUCGGGUCAGUGUUAUUUUGAAUAGGAAAAAGUGAAUGAGGCUUGCUGUGAA